AUGGAACAAACAGCACCAAGGGCCAGCUGUCUGGUAGCCCAAAAUGGCGAAACAGUAAACCCUCCAAGUACAUCUUACCCCCUAACCCCACCUUCAAAACAUGCGCUGAAUCCUGUAUGCUUCAGUGCUCCCCAACUACGCCUACCUUCGUUUCAUUCUUUUGUGGACUGGUUGCUUUACAUCUUAACUUUCCGUUUCUUUGCUUUACUGGUCGCAAUGCGUUCAUCUUUGCGGUUUCUCGGUGAGAAUAUCCGCAAAACAAUCGUACAAACUAAUAAUGGCCAAGCGAUAGGAAAGACUGUUUAUUUGACGCAUGUCAAGUGGGUUACGGGCAAACAUCAGCUGCAGAACUACUUCAGCCGAUAUGGCCAAGUACGCAGUGUAAAUAUGUUUUUUGAUGCUGAAACGGGUUUGCAUCGUGGCUUUGCUUCGGUUACUUUUGAACACCCUGAAAGCGCUACUCGAGCAAUGCAACAACGACCGCAUGUCAUCGAUGGUGACAGAGUUGAUUUGGAACCGUUCAUUCCAAUGUUGUCGAAGAAGAAAGAUAUUGUAUUGUAGGACGUAAAGAUGUGUAUAGAACUAUAGAGUCUCCUUUUUUGGACUCGGGUCAUAGGUAUCUGCGUAUCAUCUCAUCCCUGUCAUCUCGUUCUCAUGAAGCUUUUGAGCUUUUUCUAACUGUCAGCGGCUUGAGCACACGCAGAUAGUCUACUUGACUUAUUUGUAUGUAUCAUGGUCAGUAAGCGAAUAUAUCUGCAAUUGAAUCGAUUAUUUGGUGUUUACAUCUACGUCGAUGUGUAAUUUGUCUUGGAAUUCGUUUUUCUCUACAGUGCGUUGCUGAUAAAGCAGCCCACGUGUUCGCGCUUUGAAG